AAAUAUAAAAAAAAGUUGGCGGCGUCCGCGUCCUCCGCGCCGAGUCUGUUUUUCUUCGAUUUUUGUGUGCGGACUGCGAUUUUACUUUAUUCGUUUAAUUAUUUAACUAAAUUUAGAUCUUGUGCUUAAAGCUAGUGUAUAAAAUAUAUACUCUACAAUUUGCUUGAGUAAUUAAAUUAAUUUCACAUUCACGAACUCUACCAACUAACCUCACAAAAUGACUAUGGAUAUUCGCCCUAACUACACGAUAUAUAUAAACAAUCUCAACGAGAAAAUAAAAAAGGAGGAACUGAAGAAAUCCUUGUAUGCCAUUUUCUCACAGUUUGGCCAAAUUCUUGAUAUUGUAGCGCUGAAAACUCUAAAAAUGCGUGGCCAAGCUUUUGUUAUAUUCAAAGAGAUAUCCAGCGCUACUGUCGCAUUGAGGAGUAUGCAAGGAUUCCCAUUUUACGAUAAGCCUAUGAGGAUCCAGUAUUCAAAAACAGAUAGUGAUGUGAUUUCAAAAAUAAAAGGCACAUUCCAGGAGAGACCAAAAAGACCUAAGCUGCCAAAAAGCUCAGAUGAAAAUAAGAAAAAGAAGAACAAGGAUGCUAACAGAGCAAUGGUGCCUGGCUUUGGCCAGCCGAGUAUGCUUAAUAAUGUCAAUGUGGAACAGCCUCCCAACCAGAUUCUUUUCCUCACCAAUCUGCCUGAUGAAACUUCGGAGAUGAUGUUGUCUAUGCUUUUCAAUCAGUUCCCUGGCUUCAAAGAAGUGAGAUUAGUACCAAAUAGACAUGACAUUGCAUUUGUUGAAUUUGCCAACGAAAUGCAGUCGGCUGCUGCAAAAGAAGCACUGCAGGGCUUCAAGAUAACUCCAACGCAUGCAAUGAAGAUUUCAUUUGCGAAAAAAUAAUUGUAACCAUACUUAAAGUAUAAAUAAAGUAUUAAAUAUUU